AGCGAUGGUCGAGAAUAUUAGGCGAUGGUCGAGAAUAUUAGGCGAUGGUCGAGAUUUAUAACAGUAACAAUGGUCAGCGGUCUUAGUAGUAAACUCCUGUUUCUGGCAAUACUUGAUGUACUUUGAAAGAAUUCAGGAAUUUCUCGCAAUCAUGGACGAGGACAUUGAAGAACUCAGAGAUUUUUUUAUUGGUUUACAGAGAUUGUUUGGCCAAAGUCUUCAAGUAUUUCAAAACAAAGACGCAAUGGUAUCGAAUAUUGCAAAAAUAAGUUUGAAAACUACAUAUCUAUUGUCGCAGCAAUGUUCGGAGCUGUUUCAGAGUACACAAUAACAAGCUCAUCUCGUGAUUCCUCUUCUGAUGAUGUUGCCAUGUUGCUGGAGAACUUGAUCACUGUAAUGGAGGAGGAACUGGAGAAACUGUCGCGUGCCUUUGAGACAUGUCUCGAGCAGGAAUUGUCCACGAAUGAAAAUUCGCUUGCCAUUGAUACGCUUAUAAGUACUGGAGGUAGACCAGCUUAUAAUAUCAGAAAAGAACAAGUUGAGAAACUUCGUGAUACGGGAAUGAACUGGACGAACAUUGCUAGCUUUCUUGGAAUUUCUACCAGAACAUUACACAGGAGAAGAAUCGACUUUGGAAUUAAGCAAAGCUUCUCAGAUAUUACUGAUGCCGACUUGGAUGAAGAAGUUAGACAAAUUCUUCAGUUAACACCAUACAGCGGUGAAACGUACAUAAGGGGUGGUUUGAGGGGCAGAAGUAUUCAUGUUCAACGCACUAGAAUUCGAGAAAGUCUUCAGAGGGUUGAUCAAAUUGGUAGAAGCAUUCGGAAACGUUAUGCAAUCUGCAGGCGUGUCUAUAAUGUCAAAGGUCCUAAUUAUUUAUUGCACAUUGAUUCAAACCAUAAACUGAUCGCACAAAGAUUUGUAAUCCAUGGUUGCAUAGAUGGAUUCAGCCGAAUGAUUGUUUACCUGCAUUGUUGCACAAAUAACAGAGCCGACACUGUCCUUGAAUUAUUUCAAGGUGGAGUGCAGAAGUUUGGCUUACCCUCUCGUGUACGAGGUGAUCAUGGCAGUGAGAAUAUUGAUGUGUCACGAUUUAUGAUAGAAAAUCGAGGCAAUGACAGGGGAAGCUUCAUAGCUGAAAGUGUGCACAAUCAAAGAAUAGAACGAUUAUGGGCUGAAGUGAACAGAGUGAUGUCAGCACUUUACAAAGACAUAUUUCGAUUUUUAGAGAACAAUGGUUUAUUGAGCUCCCUUAAUGAAAUUCAUCUAUUGGCAUUGCAUUACGUUUAUCUAGUGCGUAUAAAUGCAUCAUUGCAUGAAUUCAAAUCACAGUGGAAUCACCAUGGUCUUAGGACAGAAAAUCAUCAAACUCCCUCGGCUUUAUUUCAUUCAAACUUUAACUUAGCUCCGAAUGAGCCUCUAACAAUAAAUGAUGAUGUAUGUGGAAUUGAUUAUGGGGGGCCAUUACCUGUUGCCACAAGAAACAAUGUUGUUAUACCUGUUUCAAGCAUGUAACUAAGCGAAAAUCAGUAUGAUUACCUCCAACAACAAGUUAACCCUCUUGAAGAUGAUGGGAACAAUGGCAUUGAACAUUACUUGAAGACAGUUCAUAUUGUUGAGAGGUUUUUAGAGGCAAGGAUUAAUGUUGACGAAGUUUAACAAAUGAAACAAAUGUAUUUUAGUAAAAUGGUGCAAGCCAAAAAUAAGCUCAUUGAUCAAGAAUUUAACAUUUUUUUCAAAACUGUCAGUUCUCUUUCUGUUUAAACAAAACUAUU